AUGAAUAGAUAUCUCGGAUACAAGCUACUCCCUGGUGCGGACCGAGAGCGUGACCCCGAACGGUCACUGAACAAAGAGAAGGCCAUUGCCCACUGCGACAAGCUGAAAAUAUUCUCGAUACUCGGGACCAUCUUGGCUAUCCUGGCUUUCGUCAGCGUAUGCCUCCGCCUCAUCGCCGCAGAGAGCCCCCGCCCACCUCGCCAUCCUCCCUUCUUGACACUCUGCGGUUCCACCCGCGCCGAAGCCCUGUCCAACAACUGCAAAUUCGACGUCUUAAGCUUUGCUUGGAUGCCACCAGCCUGUCAUGAUCCGGAGCUGUGCGAAGAGUUCUGCAGUGUUCGUGAGUGGGAGUGGUUUUUGGACGAGAACCUGACGCAGAGUGUGUCAAGGACUGAGGUUGAAGAAGGCAGGGUUGAGAAAGUAUACACCCCUAAGGAGUAUGAAGAGCUUCAGUGCCUGUUUUCGUGGAGGAAGGUGCAUAGGGCCGUGUUAAAGGGCGCGCCGGUGGACGGGUUCAGUGGUGACAAAGGGUAUUCCGAGUAUUGUGGCGUACUGUUGGUGGAAAGGAUUGGACGACCCACCGAGGAUAGUGUCCAUGCGGAUAAUACAGCGCGCCAGGCUUUCUUGACCGAGUUGAAGUUUCCGCAUUGCGGUGUGGAAUACUUUGGACGCCAUUAUUCGCACUGA